AUGAAUCACGACCGGAGGUGGGACAUCAACCCUGGAGCUCUCGAGGGUCCCCAGCGGAGACAGUUGAGGGGGACAGGGUCGGAUACGAGACAGGCGAGGAGAGACGUCCCCGCAUGUCUGGGGAGUCCACGCUGCACCAGAGAUGUCGUUCCUCGAAACGCGGCGGAAGCGGCGAGAACGUUGUUCCUUUGCCCCAGGGACCAGUCGCCCUCGUCGCCCUUACCGCCUCCGUGUUUCGCUUCCGUCGCCACGCUCGUGGCUCUCAGAGCCGCUGUGAGCCCCGAUGCGAACUUCCAGGACUCCCCAGAUGGAGAAGCGCGUCCGACAAAGGAGCGUCGAAGGAGAAAAAGGCGGAGUUCGACAGGCGUCACGACGCAGCAGUUCGCGCACCAUCUGCCCUCACCGGUCGCGAAUCCUUCUCUCUCUCGAAGCGGAUCGGAUGCCUCGAAACGUGGCAAAGCGAGUCGCGUCUGGGAAGCCUCUCGUCACCCCAGAGGAAGAACGCGCAAAGGCCGUCGGGACAGUUCUCUCGCGCCGGAUGAAUCACCGCUGGACUCGAGUGCGCCCCCCUUUGGCCCUCGGGACGAGUGGACGGCUUCCUCGGAACACGUCCCUCCCGCAGCCAGUGGCGCAAAUGGGCGAUCUCCUUCGGUCCAGCGCGCCCUCCCGACGCGGGUUACUCUUCCUGCCUCCUCUGUUCCGAGCGAAGACGAUGGCUCUAACGCCACGAAGCCUCCCGUCUCCUUGCCGUCCUCAGGCGGUUCCCUGCAGCUUCAAGUCUCGCCCGACUGCUCUCCUCUGCCUCCGGGGGAGCCCGUGACGGAGGCAGAAACACACAGUUCGGAGAGUCGACCGGGAGGGACAGAAAGCGGAGGCCUCGCGACUCCGAGUGGAGCGUCCUGUGUCCAGGCGUGUCCAUGGGCAGAACCGCGGCGAAGAAGUGUGUCUGCAGACGCUGGAACCUCGGUAGACACGAACAAGUCCGGUCGCCGCUCGCGUUCCCUCGCGGCACGAAGCACAGCGUCUCCACGGGGCCUCGACGCAUUGGCAGAGCCGAGCCGGGAGGCCGCGGGCAGAGUUGGAGAGAGCGACAGCGAGAACGUCGCCAGUCUCCCGAGGGGCGGUAUUUCUUCUUCCUUGAUAGAUAGAAGUCGAGUCGGGUCGCCUUGCCAGGCCUCGUCAGAUGGUUCGUCUGCGUAUUCGUCUGCCGCACCGUGUCUUCCCUCCAAGUUUCCGUCUUCUCUGCCUGUGCCAUCCCGUUGUUCGUGCUUGCCUUCUUCGGGACCUAGGAGGACGGAUGAGGGGGAGAGGACGUCCUCGUCUUCUCGCUCUUGCUCAGUCUCCCGGCCAGCGUCGGCCAUCGCUCCGUCUUCCUCUUCCGAUCCGCGGCGCUCUGUGGGGGCCGUCCGAGGUUUGAGCGACGAAGGGGGCGGCUCGUUGUCCCCAGCAAGAGAUGUCUCGGCGGUCGCGCCGUCCGUUCCCCGGGGAACUGAGCAAGACCCGCUCUGUGCUACAGGGGCGUUCAUACAGGAAGAGAUUCGGCGUCUCUUGAGUGCAGCUUCACGAGAGGCCCGAACCGAAUGUGAGUUGCUCCACCAGAAACUGGAGCAAGUCGCGGCGGAGAACGCGUUGCGGGCAGAUGCGCUACGCCAGCAAGAGAUCAGCGAACGUAGGCCGGUUUAUGCCGUGUCCGAUGAGAGUGCGUGUGCGAUCGGCGGCGGUCUGUGGCGCAGCGAGGGACCCGGCACGAAGCACCGGGGAUCUCUUUCCAGCGGAGUCUCUCCUGUGGCUUCGAGUCUCAGUCUAGGCGUGGCGAAUUCGUCGCCCUCUCCCCAGCCGUCUGCGUCUUCGACUCCGUGCCUGGAGUCCCUCGAAGGACUCGAGUUGCGUGUUUCUUCGCGGGCAUCGUCCUUUCGCGACCGCAGGGACUCUUCACGCUGCGUUUCCGCGAGUCUGCCGUCUCACGCGUCGCUUCCUGGUCGCGAUUCUCAUCGGCAGGCGUCCUUGGAGUCGUACGUAACGCCGCCACGCUUGUGGAGAACGAACGGAACUUUGACGCCAAGGGCCUCUCCAAGAGACUCUGCUCCGAUCUCUCCGCCGACGCUGUCGAGCCGUGCGACCUGCGGUGCAAAUCAGAGCGGUGUACAUACACCUGGUUUCUCGCCGGGGAUGCAGGGUUUUAUCUCUUUGCGAAUGCGGUCCGAAGAAAGCGACACGGUGGGUGGCGUGGACCGUGCAGAUCGAGCCGCCUGCUCGGUUGGGAAGAAUGGGAGUGAGAGACAGGGAACGCCCCAGCACGCGUCUCGUCAUGCGGGAGCGGCAGGCGCGCAAGGACGGUCCUUUAGUGAUGUUCUCCCGCCAUUUCACCUGUCUUUACACCGCGGAACGUCACCGCUUUUCUGCAGCGACGCAAAGCCAGGCGUCGGUGGGCGGCUCCACCUGCCGUCACACACGGGGUCUGUGGGGCUUUCCGUUUCUCAAUCCGAUUUUCUGCUCGCCACGUCUCCGGUGCACUCACGCUUCCGAAUUUCUUCGGCGAAGUCCCUGUCUCCCGUGUCUUUUUUUGGAGACGACGCGCGAUCCGUUGAUGCUGGUCCACCUUUCCAACCGUCCACCUCUCCGAGGGUGGGCGUUUCACUCCGGUUUGGCCAGCAUGCGGAUCGGGCAGUUUCCGCGGAGCCUUCAAGUUUGCGAAACGUCUCCGAAGAGGACGAGAAGAGUCGGGAGUGCUGUUUUCCGCGGCCUUUCCGUCCCUUUUCUUCCAGGAGUGGCGACUGCGCGUGGGGCGCCAACCCGAAUCGACGGCAGCUGCAGAGAGCUGAAGUGUCUCCGCGCGUGCAUGCCUCUGCCGUGGACGGAAGCAGCACCGAGGGUCUCCGUCGAUCUGCUUGGGAAGGAAGGCGGACGUCGUCCCCCGCCCGGCUCAUCAGGGGGACCAGGCAGACUGGGGAAGCAGGGCGUGGACAGGCUGGGCACUGCGCUGCAGCGAACACAGAAGGGGGAAACUUCCGCUUGGAGACAGAUGCGCAGGACGUGUCCUCUGGUCGUGGCAGCCACAAUGCAGCAGGCGGGCAACCGGCGGAGCGAGACGGGGCAGACGCUGCCAAGGAGACGACUUCAGGCAGCCGCCCUGCGGGGAGGUUUCAGUUGUUUUCGUCCCUCGCGCGUGAGGGGCGUCCGGGCCUUUUGCGGACACUUUUUUCGUUUCUGGGCAAGAGGCGGACGACGCAAGGAGACAGCGUCGACGCGGCUUCAGAAUCCUGCCAUGCGAACGCACAGGGUUUUGCAGCAGACGCUUCCAGGUCUCUGGAGAGCCGCGGGGAGGGACCGGGAGUUGGCGAAGAGGAGAGAGCGUGGAAGGGAUCGGUGCUUUCGACUAGACCGGCUUCUCACGCCUUCACCUUGACCCCGUUUUCGAGAGAGAAAUCCGGGGGGGAGGCUCGAGGCGCCCAUUCUGUGCAGGCAGACGCGAAGCACCCCUCGUUCUCGUGCGAGCCCUCUGCGGAACCGACGGGUCGGACAAACGCGGCACACCGCCGAGAGCAGUUUGAAAUCCAGGGAACGGCACGCAGCCCUAGAUCAACUGUUGAGGCGGGAAGGCCAGAUUGGCUAGGUGGUAUUUGUUGGGAGAAAGGCAUGAGACGAGGGACGGGCGACAGCACCAGCACGCGGACGAGUAGUCGGACACGAGUUAGCGGGAACCGCGGGGCCAGACAAGUUUCAUCUCCCAGUUGCGCGCAUCUGUCUUGUCCCACGCCUCUCGGGCAUUCCGUUGAGAUAUCUCCCUGCGAAAGAUGUACGGGGGCUGGGCCGUUGCAUUCCGAGGGAGUGUUCCCGAGGUCGGGUGUUGCCCAGACAGACUCUUGGGCAGUGCAGGCACCCAGUACGACGCGGGCGUCAGAGUGGGGACUUCUCCGCGACGAAAAUCUUUCACGGACAGGUGGACUUUCUGACCAGCCAUUCGGAGAAAGGAGCCAUGAAACUGUUUCCGUUGUGAGACGUAUCGCCAAGGACUGCCCGCGUUGUCGGCGGCAAGUUUUGUUGGAGGUUCUGCGCCUCGACCCUGGGCGGUCAGGGAAGGCAGGUCAGCAAAAGAAGCGCCUUGUCCGAGCAGCUCUGACACAGCCUGUAGGCUUUUGUGUGUGUUGGGUGCCGAAGAACGCUCGUGGGGGUGCGACUCGCCUGAGCGCCACGCGAGGUGAACCCUCGGCGAAGUCCAGAGAGAGGCGGAGCACGCGGGGGGCGAGUGAAUCCGUCGCUGUCUCACCGCAGCAAUCUCUCUCUGAGGGAGACUCCGACUCCGCCGAAGCCCGACGCGUGCCUCGUCAGCAAGCGACGCGAACAGUCCCGAGGACUGCGGGGCGAUCUGAAAGGCCAGUGGGACCUGCAGGGAUCGACAGAGAAAGGGGACAAGGCAAAAGCAGGUGCGGGGAGAGAACAGACCACGAAGGCAAGGCGACAGACGCUGGCCUCUGGGUGCAAGCAAUGAUGCUCAUGGAUAUGUAG